ACACACAGGGCAGAUUAUAUUGACCUGUCAGAGUUUGAUCAGGGAAACUUCUGCUGCAGAUUCAUCCUCAACAGACCGCGGGACUUAGAGAAAGGUUCAAAGACAAUGAUGGAGCUAAUGACUGCUACCCCUUUCUACGCCAUGAACACAUCAAACAUCACUGGAAGAAACAACUCCUUGUACGAAGACGACGAAGACUAUGACUACAAGGACGAGCACGCUGAGCUGAGACAUUCCCUCAACAUCAUGCCUCUCAUUGUUUACUGCCUGGUCUUUGUUCUCGGUGUGUUCGGGAAUGGAGUGGUUAUCUGGGUGACCGGGUUCAAGAUGAAGAAAACCAUUAACACUGUUUGGUUUCUCAAUCUCGCCGUGGCCGACCUCCUCUUCACGGCGAUCCUGCCCCUGAGUGUGACGGACACCGCUCUGGAUUACCACUGGCCUUUUGGCAACUUCAUGUGCAAGGUGAGCAGCACUGUGGGCUUUCUGAACAUGUUUGCCAGUGUCUACUUCCUGGUGGUGAUCAGUGUGAACAGAUGUGUGUCUGUGGUGUGGCCCGUCUGGGCCCAGAACCACCGAAGUGUACGCAAGGCUUCCUGCGUGAGUCUGGUUGUUUGGAUACUGGCUCUGAUUCUCAGCGCUCCAUACUUCAUCUUCGAGGACACUGUGUCAGACCCUUACGAUGAAGACAUCAUCUACUGCUUCAGUAACUUUGCCCUUUCUGACGACAAUGAAACACCAUCAGUGAAACAGCUGGGAGAUUUUCGACAUCAGACCAUGACCAUCACCUACCUCCUCCUGGGAUUCGUCGUCCCCUUCACGGUCAUCGUCUCCUGCUAUGCCGUCAUCAUCCAUCGUCUCAGGAGGAACCGCACCCUGGCCAGCCAAUCGAGUCGCCCCUUCAAGAUCAUCGCUGCCGUCAUCAUCACUUUCUUCCUGUGCUGGGCGCCGUAUCACAUCAUGGCUCUCAUCGAGAUGGUUAAUCACACGGCGAUCCACUCGAGUGAAACAUUGGAUCACGUCAUCACUAUCGGUUUCCCUAUAGCAACCAGCCUGGCCUUUCUCAACAGCUGCCUGAACCCACUGCUGUAUGUGUUCAUGGGUAAAGAUCUUAAAGACAAAAUCUGCAAGUCCAUCAUGAACCAGUUGGAGACUGCCUUCCAGGAGGAAGAGACACACUCUCACACCAAGACAAAGUCAACAAACAGAGACAAGCAAGCUAGUAAUACCAAAGAAGUGUUCCGCCCUGAAAAGGGGAGAUAUCAAUAAAGACGCUUGGACACAAUGUUUCCUCUCCGGCAGCUUCAUUGAGAAUGGCACCUUGGCCCGAGAGCUCCCCUAUCUGGCCUUUGCAGGUAUGACUAAUCAAUCACCAAAUGACACCGCUCGAACAGGCUAUACCAGUAGAUCACAGAUUAUUUCAUCUGGCAGGUAGAAAUCCUUACUGUUUUAACAAAAAGGUUUUUAACUUUGUUAACCCUUUUUGUUUAAAACUUUGACCUUUUUCACAGGACUUUGUCCUUAUAGCUUAAAUAUGUUAACUCUUUCUAAGACUAUCAAAGAAUUCCAUUUGUUUUUAUGUCCCUAUGACUGCUUUUAUUGCCCAUUGAAUUUUUAUCAAUAAUCAGCUUCCUAAUAAAAUCAACCUAUCACAUAGGCGGAAUAAUGUAUCAAUUCUGCUAGAAAAGGGAACUUAGUUUCUUCGUCUUUCACAUGCAUAGCAAAUUCUAAAGGUUCCUGUGAAAAAUUCUGAAAAAUAGACAAUUAUAUUUGUUGUUUAUGGGUCAUCAUUUAGAUAUUUUAAUAACACAGUAAUGAUAAUAUUUUGAGGAAGAACUGUACCCUAUAGUUAUGUUAAGCUGGAAUAUAAAUCUACAGUGUAAAAUAGUGCUGCCAACAAACAGGUUUAUAGAAAGUUAAUUUCCCACCUUCCCCCUCAUACUUAACCCCACCCACUGAUGCCAUUGUGUGUGUGUGUGUGUGUGUGUGUGUGUGUGUGUGUGUGUGUGUGUGUGUGUGUGUGUGAGUGUGAAAGAAACAUAUAUUUGUGACUGCUCCAUGUCCAUUGCAUGAUCUAAUAAAAAUGUUGUUCAGCUUGAGGACUGAUUCCUGAGAGACUAAUAAAGAGAUACUUUACGUUACCAUUAAUUUAUCAUGAAUAAAGUAGCAGCUGUAUUGUAAACUUGCGUAGAACAGCUUCAUUUGACUUUGUCUUUUUUUGUCUUUUGAUGAUGAUGAUGGCUGUUAUUUUGAUACUUUUUUGUUACCACCAUUUUUUUCAGAAUCAAAACAUUAUCAGGUCUUGACCACCUUAUCUCUCAAAAUGUUCAUCUCAUUAUCACCUUUUAAUAUCACAUUUCACUGUGACAAAUAUGCUUUACUAUAUAAUUCUGCAAAUCACUGAUUAUAAGUUGCUUUUAUCAUGAUAUAUACAAUAAUUGAAUGUCUUUUUACAUAGGAAAAAUACUUUAGUAGAAUGGUUUGUGCAUAUUCAUGUCAAAUUUUUGCACUCUUUGAUUGCUUUGAUAUUCUCCACUGAUGCAAAGGACCGGCUGCUUUGAGCCUAAUAAAGACAUAUUUUUCUGACUACGA